GUUUACAUUUCGAAUGACUUUUGGAAUAUUCAGAUUAUUCAAUCAUAUCAGUGGAUUAUUUUUACAUUAAGAGGAUUUCAUGAAAAUUCGUUUGAGUUAGGAAUCAAUUAACUUAAGCGGAUUACAGUGAAAUUAAUUCAACCCUUCGAAUCUCAAUAAAGGUUUAGAAAACCAUCUUCAAAAUGCCGGUUGGUAGAGUUGCAGGAGGAAAUUAUUAUGGUGGUCAUUUGACCAAUACAGGCCAAUCAUAUGCUGGAAUCAAUGAGAAUAUCAUGUACAUCAGCAUAGGAAUGGCAAUAAUCAUCGCAAUACUAAUCACAAUAGCACUUAUUUACAUUGCAUAUGAAAAAUGUCAGAAGCGUCGCGCAAGGAAAGCUUACUAUGUGACUGCUUAGUGAAUUUAUUCAUUUAAGUUUAACCACCAUUUGUUAACUUUAUGGAAAUUUUAAUAAUUGCAUCGUAUUAGCAACAAGAUUUGUGUGCUUUUAAAAUGUUUUACCACUUAAAUCUUCAAUAUCUUUGUUGAAAUUUUUUGUUAUAAAACAUGAGUGGAAUGAAUUAUUGAAUCAAUUUCAGUGCGUGACUUGAAUUUUCUAUUUUUGUGAUAACUUGCAUUCUAGAUUUUCUUAACAUUUUCAUAUUAAUAUUUCAUAUUUAUUUUUAAUAACAUCGAAUCAAAACUGUUGAAAAAUGUUAAAACUCAAAGAAUCGUAGAGUUUCAUGAAAGUUAAAAGUAAGCAAUC